GAGAACAACACAGCUGCCAGCAAGCUCAAGGCAGCAUCCUGCAUCACUGCAGAGCCUUUUGCUUAGGAACACCAAGGAAACAGAAACCAAACAAAUGAUGUUCUUCAGAUUCUGGUGGAUUUUGUGGAUACUUGAACACCACAAGUUUUUAGCAGAAAAUCUCUGGGAAGAAAAAAGAUACGGAUUGAGAAGACCAAAACCUAAACAGAUUCUGUCAAAUACUGUUGAAAAUUAUCCCAGGCCAAGUGAUCAAGAUGAAGACUGCAUUCUGGAAAUUACUUUUUUAUUGGACAGCUCCGAAAGUGCUAAGGACUAUAAUCAUGAACAGCAGAAAAAAUUUGUACUGGAAACAGUAGACAGAAUGAAAAGUCUGCAGCUUAGUUCUGGACGUACCCUUAGCUGGAGGAUGGCCUUACUUCAGUACAGCAGCACUGUUUUCAUAGAGCAAACUUUCCAUGACUGGAAAGGUCCUGAAGCAUUCAAAUCCCACAUUGCUCCCAUCUCCUACAUAGGUCAUGGCACCUACACAACUUAUGCUAUAACUAACCUCACACAACUCUACAUGACUGAAGGGACUCUGGGUAGUGUGAAAGUAGCUGUACUCUUCACUGAUGGAGUGGACCAUCCAAGAAACCCAGAUAUUUUUGCAGCUACAGCUGAUGCUAAACACCAAGGAAUUGUAUUUUUCAUGAUGGGAAUGACCAGAGUGGCUGAGGAGAUUAGCAAUGCUGCCAAGCUCCGGCUCCUGGCCAGUGUCCCAGCAUCCAGGUUCGUUUUCAACCUCCAGGAGAAAGAAACUGUGGAGAAGGUUCUCAAAGAAAUGAAAGAUCUGUCCGAGGAAGAGUGUCCCCAGGCUGCUAUAUGUAACUGUGAGAAGGGGGAAAGAGGCCCUCCUGGCCCUGCUGGUAAAAAGGGUCGUACUGGGGAUGAAGGAGCUCCAGGCCUGAAAGGAGCAAAGGGGGAGCCAGGUCUUAAUGGAAUCCCAGGACGAGAUGGAAUAGAGGGGAAAUCUGGAUAUAAAGGAGAGAAGGGUGAAAGAGGUGAAUGUGGAAUUCCAGGGAUAAAAGGAGACAGAGGUCCUGAAGGCCCAGUAGGCCCCAGAGGAACAAGAGGGCUACAGGGUCCACAAGGACAAUCUGGAGAUCAAGGGCCUGAAGGCCUGCAAGGAUCAAAGGGUGAAAGAGGUCUCCCUGGGCCACCUGGCUUGCCUGGAGAGACUGGAAUAGGACUGCCGGGCCCAAAGGGUGACACCGGUUUGACAGGAAGACCAGGCCCCAUUGGCCCACCUGGAGUUGGUGAGCCAGGACUUAUGGGGCCUCAAGGACCACAAGGUGUUCAAGGAGAAAGAGGUUCACCAGGAGAAGGGCUUCCAGGAGCUAAGGGAGACCGUGGUUUUGAUGGACCAAAAGGUCCUCGUGGACUUCCAGGCAUCAGCAUAAAAGGCGAAAAGGGUGAAUUUGGUCCUCCUGGUUUACCUGGGCCCAUUGGAUUACCUGGAAUUGGAAUUCAAGGAGAGAAGGGAGUGGAGGGCCCAAAAGGACCACCUGGCUCUAGAGGGCUACCAGGACAGGGACUACCUGGACCAAAGGGUGAACAAGGCUUGCCAGGAGAGACUGGAGUGCCAGGAGAAAGAGGUGGUGGAGAACCUGGUUCUAAGGGCGAGCCAGGCCCUUCAGGACUGGCAGGUCUGCCUGGUCUUCCAGGAGAAGAUGGUGCUCCUGGACAAAAGGGUGAACCAGGGUUACCUGGUCUUAGAGGUCCUGAAGGUGCUCCAGGGAUUGGAAUACAGGGGGAAAAGGGAGAUCAAGGUCAGAGAGGAAUACGUGGAUUGACAGGACCAACAGGAGUGCCUGGACCUGCUGGAGCUAAAGGAGAGCCUGGUACACCAGGACGUCUCGGAAUGCCAGGCCCUCCUGGAAGAGCUGUGCCUGGACCAAAGGGUGACAUUGGGUUACCUGGUCUUGCUGGACCAAUUGGAGAACCAGGUUUUGGGCUUCCUGGAGCAAAGGGUGACCGAGGUCUUCCAGGACUCCCUGGACCCUUUGGGCCAAAAGGAGAUGGUUAUCCUGGCCCACCUGGCUUGCCAGGCCUUCCUGGGAUUCCUGGUGAACAAGGCCCCGAUGGAGUUGGACUACCAGGACCUAAGGGUGAUCCUGGUAGUAGAGGACCAACUGGUCUCCCAGGUCCCCCAGGAGAAGGCCUGCCAGGACCAAAAGGAACCAUGGGACGCCCAGGGCCACCUGGAUCUUUGGGACCUCCUGGCGAAGGUAUUCAAGGAAUUAAGGGGGAACAAGGAAUUCAAGGAAUGCCAGGACCACGAGGCCCCCCUGGAGAAGGGCUUUUGGGACAGAAGGGAGAUCGAGGAGCUACAGGUGAAAAGGGGAAAAAAGGAGAAAAAGGUGAUGUGGGUGACCCUGGUUUAUCUGGAGAACCUGGCAAAACUGGACCAAAGGGAGAGCAAGGCCUAACAAGAGAAGAUAUAAUUAAAUUAAUUAAAGAGAUAUGUGGUUGUGGUAUUAAAUGUAAGGAAAUUCCUAUGGAGCUUGUAUUUGUCAUUGACAGUUCUGAGAGUGUGGGACCGGAGAACUUUGAGAUUAUCAAAGACUUUGUAACUGCUUUAGUAGACAGAGUGACUGUAGGCAGAAAUGCUACCAGAAUUGGCCUUGUGUUAUACAGUUUAGAAGUUCGGCUAGAAUUUGGUCUCAACAAGUAUACAACUCAACAGGAUGUUAAGCAAGCGAUUAGAAAAAUGCAAUACAUGGGAGAAGGGACACACACAGGAACUGCUAUCCGUAAAGCAACCCAGGAAGGAUUUUUUGGUGCUCGAACAGGAGUGCGAAAAGUAGCUAUUGUGCUAACAGAUGGCCAGGCAGACAAGAGAGAAGCUGUAAAACUAGAUAUUGUUGUUCGAGAGGCUCACGCAGCAAACAUCGAGAUGUAUGCAAUAGGAAUUGUAAAUACUUCAGAUCCAACACAGGCUGAGUUUGUGCGUGAACUAAAUCUGAUCGCUUCAGAUCCAGACAGAGAACACAUGUAUCUCAUCGAUGACUUUAAUACCCUUCCAGCUCUGGAGUCCAAAUUGGUCAACCAAUUUUGUGAAGAUGAAUAUGGCACCUUAAUAUACAACCAUAAUGGAAAUGGUGCAAGCAUAAAUGGACCAUCUUUCCAUUCAGUAUCUUCAAGUUCUUUACAUUACAUACUUCAGAACAACAAUGUUAAUAGACAAUCACUUUCAGUACAGACACCUGGAGUAUCUACAGUAGAAAGUCCUCUGAGUCUUGGUGGUCUUCCUCAACCAUUAGCUCUGACCAAAGUGCCUCCUGUGGUAGUAUAUGAAGCUUAUGAAGAAGAACAAGACGAGGAGGAACAGUCAUCCUUGCUAGCAGUGGACACUAGAGCUGUGCUACCAUUAUUGCCAUCUAAACCAUCAUCAUCAGAUAAAGUGAUGACAUCACCUCUUUCAACUACAGGGCUCACACCAAGACCAGAAAGCAUGCUGGACCUCCGGUGCAAGUUAGGGCUGGACCAAGGGUCAUGCCGUGUUUAUAUCAUAAAAUGGUAUUAUGAUAAACAAGCCAAUGCUUGUGCUCAGUUCUGGUAUGGUGGCUGUGAUGGAAAUGCAAACCGCUUUGAGAGUGAAGAGGAAUGUAGAGAGGCUUGUGUAUUUUUUUCUGGAGAAAUCUGAUAUUUGGCAGGGAUUCUGCAAUGAAGACUUCACUUUUUUUUCUAAGCAAAAGCAUCCCCACAAAUCUUACUUUAGUAUUUGAAGCACAUCAGUUUCCAAAUU